ACUGGUUAACGAGAUUAUCUGAAGGCAGGCGGAAACUGUCGAAUCCAAACGAGGCUAACUUAAAAUGGCAGAUUUCGACAACGAAGGAUACACUGAGAGAGAUCAGGAUGUUAAACCUGAUCGCCAAAGUCUGCGACGGUCUAGGUCAAGGUCACCAGUCAGACGGUCCCGGUCCCGUUCACCAAGACGAGACCGUGAUAGGGACCGUGAACGACGUCGGCCAGUCAACCUUAUCUCAAAGAGAGUCAUCAUUAGUAAUAUUCCGUAUGAGAUGAAAUGGCAGGAUAUCAAGGACUUGUUCAGAAAGGAAGUUGGAGAGGUUGCAUAUGUUGAACUUUUUGAGUUACCUGAUGGGAGACCGAAAGGAGUGGGUGUGGUGGAAUUCAAAGACAAGGAAAUAGCUAGGAAAGCUAUUGAAACCAUGCACAAAUACAAACUGAAGGACAGAUUUAUGGUUGUCCGUGAGGAACGUGAAACUGACAUGAGGAUGCAAGGAGGCAUGGGUGGGGGUGGAGGAAUGGGUGGUGGUGGAGGUGGAGGAGGAGGAAUGGGUGGGGGAGGA